GCAGUUGCUUCCUGUGCCUGGUGGACGUGGUGCCUGUGAAGAGCGAGGACGGGGCCGUGAUCAUGUUCAUCCUUAACUUUGAGCUGGUGCUGGAGAAGGAGCUGCUGGGCUCCCCGGUGAAGGACACCAACCACUGGGUGACUCCCACCAACUGGUUCCCUGCAGGGCGCAGCAAGUCCUUCAAGCUGAAGCUGCCAGCGCUGCUGGCGCUCACGGCUAGCAAGCAGUCGCUGCCCCAGGGGGGCCCAGAUGGCAUCAUCGUGGACUUCUCCAAGCCCAGCAGCGAGUCAGGGGCUCCAGACGAUGUCACUUCCUCCCUGGAUAACAGCUGCCUGGGCUCCCAGCUGGAGGAGCGCCAGGCCCUGGUGGAGCUGGAGGCGGGGAGGGGUCCGCCUGGCGAAGCAGGCCUGGAGCCCCCCGUCACCCACUCGUCGCCCCGUGCCGACAGGGACCGGCUCCAUCUGGACGCCUCCUUCUCCAACUGCAGCCUGUCGCGCAGCCGCUCCCGGGAGAGCUGCCACAGCGUGCGGCGCGCCUCCUCCGUCGAUGACAUCGAGGCCAUGAAGGGCGAGAGCGACAGGCGGGGGCACAACCGCCACGGCAGUACAGGGGCCAUGAACAACCUGCGCAGCAGCCUGCUGAACUCCACCUCGGACUCGGACCUGAUGCGCUACCGCGCCAUCAGCAGGAUCCCGCAGAUCACACUCAACUUCGUGGACUUCAAGGCGGAGGCCUUCCUGACGUCGCCGGCCAGCGAGCGGGAGAUCAUCGCGCCCACCAAGCUGAAGGAUCGGACGCACAACGUCACCGAGAAGGUCACCCAGGUGAGGCCCGCUGGGGGCGCUUCCUGCGGGGAAUGGGGAGCGGCUUGUGGUCUUGCCUGGCAGCGAGCUGAGGCCUGCCGGGGGCGGCUGCGAUGGCAGAGUUCUGGGGCACCCGGCUGGAGAGGCUGA